AGUCUAAAAACAAAUCGAUUGUGGCGCAACAUAACCUAAAACUCUUUAAACAUUUACAUAAACUAAAAUUUCUAAAAAUUUGACCCACUGUAUAUUAUGUGUAUUGUAAAAUUAUGUGUAUUGUAAAUUAUGUGUAUUGUAAAAUUUAAAAUUUUCACCGAGAUUAUGCAAAUCAGUUAAACUUUAUUAACCUCUUUUGUUUGUGUAAUGUGAAACAACAUAAACAAUCCUAACCUAAACACGUUAUUUUCCUUACAAGAUUCUUUAGUAAUUCGUAUUCUCUUUAUUUAAAAAUGAGAUACGCUCAACUAGUUGUCGGCCCAGCCGGGAGUGGGAAGUCCACAUACUGCUCAACAAUAGUAAAGCAAGCCACAGAUACAAAACGUAUAAUAGAAGUGGUGAACCUGGAUCCAGCAGCAGAGCAUUUUGAUUAUGAGCCCCUUGUAGACAUCAGAGAGCUAAUUCACUUGGAUGAUGCCAUGGAAGAUGAAGAACUCCAGUUUGGGCCAAAUGGAGGACUUGUCUUUUGCUUAGAAACUUUAUUAGAAAACUGUGACUGGCUUGAAGAGCAACUAGGCGAUGUGGAUGAUGACUACAUCCUGUUUGACUGUCCCGGUCAAAUAGAACUAUAUACUCAUUUACCAGUCAUCAGGAAACUAGUGGACACUCUAGAGAAGUGGAACUUCAGGAUAUGUGUUGUCUUUAUGAUUGAUUCACAGUUCAUGGUUGAUGGAGCUAAGUUUCUAUCAGGAACAAUGGCCGCCCUCAGCGUGAUGGUAAACCUGGAGCUACCGCACGUCAAUAUAUUAACUAAAAUGGACCUUCUCAGUAAAUCGGCAAGAAAUCAACUUGAUAAUUACCUCGAUCCAGACCCGCACAUUUUACUAGCAGAUAUGAGAAACGCAAAAUCCAAAUGGCAUGAAAAAUACGCUAAAUUGACUGAAGCCAUUGGAGAAGUUAUAGAGAACUUCAGUUUAGUGAGGUUCUACCCACUCAACAUCAAGGAGGAAGAAAGCAUAGAAAACAUACUGCUGACCAUAGAUAAUAUCAUUCAAUACGGUGAAGAUGCUGAUGUUAAAAUAAGAGAUUUCGAUGAGCCAGAACCAGAUGAAAAUGAUGAAUAAAUAUUUUUUCAAUA